AGGAAAGGAAGGGGCGGAGGGGACGCUGGCGGUGCGCGCACUCGGAAGGACGCGGCGGCAGCGGCCCGCGGGUCGGUGCUGCGCGUGCGCGGCGGCGCUGCGGUUUCCGGUUGCGGCUCUGCCGGCCGAGGGCAGCCGCGCUCGGGAUGGAGGACGAGGAUUUCUUGUUGGCGCUCAGGCUGCAGAGGGAAUGGGAAGAGCAGGACAAGGCGGCGGCGGCGGCAGCAGCAAAGCGCCCUGAUGUCUCUCCGUACCGCUCGUCCCUCCGCCCGCUGUCGGUGGUGGACGAGGCGUGGGAGCUGCUGGACCCCAGCCCCGACGUUCAUGGCCUGUUCGUGCACUUCAACCAGACGCUCUUCUGGGGCAAACUGGAGGCUGUCACGGUGUCCUGGAGCCCUCGCAUGACCAGCUCUGCUGGUAUCUGUUCAUAUCACGAAAGAAGUGGGUUGUGUUCCAUUCGUCUCAGUGAGCCACUUCUAAAGUUACGGCCAAGGAAGGAUCUUGUGGAGACACUGUUGCAUGAAAUGAUCCAUGCCCUGCUCUUUGUUACUCAUAACUACAAAGAUCGUGAGUCUCACGGACCCGAGUUCUGCAAGCACAUGCAUCGCAUUAAUCUCUUGACUGGAGCUAAUGUCACAAUCUAUCACAAUUUUUAUGAUGAGAUUAAUUUGUACCGCCAGCACUGGUGGCGAUGCAAUGGCCCCUGCCAAAACAGAGUACCUUACUUUGGAUAUGUGAAGCGCUCAAUGAACAGAGCACCCUCUGCACAUGACUUCUGGUGGGAUGAACAUCAGAGGACAUGUGGGGGCACGUUCACAAAAGUGAAGGAGCCAGACAAAUUCUCAGAGAAGUCCAAGCAGAAAACUCAGACAGCAAAACCUCCACAUUUCAAGUCAACUACCAAAGGCAAGACACAAGUGCAUGGCAAUUGCAAAGACCUGACUGCUUUUAGUGGAACAGGAUAUCGGCUUGGAGGAGGAGACGGUGUACUUUCAGAGAAAAACACAAAUGCCAGCAGCUCCUCUGCAAACAGUGAAGCACACGGCUCACUGCAUCAUUCAGCAGUAAGGACAAUACCAAUCCCUAAAAACGAGAUGAAACUGGAAAAAUUACCCCAUGGCAGCAUCUUCCCGCUUCAUAGCUAUGGUGCCAGUGAGAAGAGCAGCUUAGCUUUAAAGCGUGAGUUUCCCAAACUCUCUGCUGCUGAUACAGGGGAGGACGAGAACGACUGUGGCUUGCCUGCUGGGAUGGCUCGUGUUGCUGGGGAAACAUCAAGCCAAGGCUCACCAGUUGGCAGGAGGGCUAUGCCAUCUUCUAACUGGUCACCAAAACGAAUUUGUUUGGAGCAGACCCCAAGAGCUCAGGGUGCAUCUGAGAAAAAAGGCUUAGAACGUGUUCAUACACUGCAGCAAUGGCCAAAAAAGGAAGACAAAACUGCCUUUGAAAAGUAUUUCAACAAAAAGGGGGGUACUGAUGUCACUGCAACUACAAAAACCAGAGUUGAAUUUACACAGUCCUCUGCAAGUCCUAGCAAUCCUGUGAGGCAGGAGAGAAGAGUCAGUUGUCCUGUUUGUGAGACUGGUGUUUUGGAAUCUGAAAUAAAUGAACAUCUUGAUUCUUGUCUUUCGUAGAACAGCAGAAAGUUUCUUAAAAAGAUAAACCAGGGCUGGAAACAUUGUUUGAAAGGUAAUUUUUGCUCAGGGUUUGCUUAGCUGUGGUUAAACUCCACAUUCCUGUUCUGAAAUGGAAUUUAAAAUGUAGCUAUCUCUGUAUCCUCACAGAAGUAAGUAAAAAUUGUGUGGAAUGCUGCUAGGAAUACUGGUAGAGACUGUUCCUGGACAUGUCAUAAAAGCUUUCCAUGAUUUCCCAGUUAAACUUCCUUCAAGUGCUAUACAGGACAAAUUAGGAUUAAAGUGGCAUUACCUGCCAGUCUUUAUUUUGCUUCUUCUGGAAGCCAGCCAGGUUCAUGGUUAGCAGGCCAGUCAGUUGAGUACUAAAGCCAUUGUGCCAUGAGAAGUUAAGAGUGCCAGGCACUUGUGUUUUCUAUGUGAGCUGCUGAAACGUUCCCUUGGUGCACUAAGGUAUUUAAUGGGUUAAGCAUUAAACAGCAUGAUUCCUUACAAUCAGUAAAACUGAUUGUAUGUUUGCUUAAACAUAAAAAUUGUUUUAUAUAAAUAGCUUUUAAACAAAAUAGUUUUAUAUCUUGUUACUGUAAUUUUAAAUGGCUAUGUACAUGUUUACAGUGUUACUGCUGCUCUCUUAACUCAUUUUAAAUGCUUCAUAUUUUUAAAAAUAAUGACACUACAGAAGUUUAAUGUAAAUUACUUUGUUCUUGCAUUCUCUGAAUAAAUUGUUACUGAAGUUUAAAUUUCCACUAAGCCUGGCCAUUUUGUGUCACUUACCAGUGGGUUCACCUCUAUAUAACAGUCUGGUUUAUUAGAGCCUUUCUGUAUUAACACUUUUCCUUCUUAAAUUUCCCUGCAAAAACAGGUGCUGGUGAAUUGCUGCUGCUUUCUCCAUCCUAUUUUAAAACAGUUUCACUGUUGUUGCACUUCUGUGAAAAAUUUUAUGAAUACUGAUAGUAAAACUUGCUUUGCCGUGUUAAUUUUCCAUACUUCCUUCUUAAAGCUGCAGCCAUCUAUCAGUGUUUCCAGUGAUAUUUGACAUUUUCAAGGACAGGACUACCAAGAAAUAUUUGUAUUAUGUUUUUAAGAUGAGGGCGAGAGUUGCACCACAAAGCAUCUCUCACGUCAUGAAGCGUUUUUGAGAGAUAUUUCCAUUAAAAUUGCUCUCUGCAGUUUCCUCAUUUGUCUUUCCUCCUGUGACAGAUGUGAGUAAAGGAGAAGGAUUGUGAGUAUUGUUAAAUGUGGGGAUUUUUCCUAAUGUCUUCUUUUUCUUCUGAAUUGUUCAUUUGAAGGACAAACAGAAAACAAAUUAAGAAAUUACUGAAUAGUGUAGCCAGCUUAGGCUGUAGGCAAGUCUGUCCCUCAUACACGUCCUAAAAUAGAUCAUUGUCCAAACAAUUGAGCAAUUCUGGAUCAGCUAUGGAAAAAUAGCACCGCUGUCAUGUGUUUUUACAAGGAAGUAUUCUAAGACUAGGAUCUCUUUUAUCCAGAGAGGAAGGUUUUGCAGUUACUAUUUAUUGCAGGCUGUUACUAAUGGGUCAUGGCCACCUUCAUUUUGGGUAUGUUACUACAAAUGCUGUUUCUGUAAAAUGUUGUGCUUGAAUACAGUGUCCUGCCCACAAGGAUAACAAUGACUACCAGUGUGUUUUUUAAAUAUGCUGUUCAAUUUGGGUCAAAGAUGAGAAAUUCCAUCCUCUCUAUCAGUUGUCUUUGUCCUUGAAUGAGUUUAGAUACUGCCUGGAACAGCACACGCUGUCAGUGUUGAGCCUUGAACAAACGCACUUCACGGAAAUGCAGCGUAAGUUGCCUGAAUGGAAACUUGAGAAACAAGUUAAUAGACUCGAUUUCUGAGGCAAAGCAGCUGUGAAGGAGGGUCAAACGUGCAUUUUGGCAAUAGAAGGUUCUGCAAACUAAAGGAAAAAGCCACCUCAUUUUGUGGUGACCUGCUACGAUUGCUCUGGAUAAUUCAGAGAGGAGUUCCAGAGGUUAAAAUUAGCUAAGCGGGGGUUACUUGGCCCUUUCAUUAUUAUCAUAAGAGACUGCUCUUCAGUUGUCUUGAAACUGGUUAUCAGGCAAGAAAUCCUGAAGGUCGCAUAUUAGCAAGUAUUUUUUACUUUAUGGAAAUGUUCUCUAGGAAGUUUUCAUAACACAUGAGUUCUGAUGAAGCAGUGGGAAGAAUUUUUCUCAGGGUUCCUAAAAUGUAUUAGUAUCUUGCAAGGAGAUACGCAAUAUAAAUAGUCUGGUUUAGAACAUAUUUUAACAGCAAUAGUGAAUGUUCAUGUCUCCUUUAGUCCAACCUCUACUUCUUUUCACCUGGCAUAUUUGGGUCAUGUGGGAGAAGUGUAUUCUCACAGCCAGUUUAACCCUAAUGCCUGUGCAUAAGCUGAUGAGGAGGCUGUUUACAUCUGGGUGGAAGCAGGCCCCUCAGGCAGGGCAGGCCCUGCUGCUCAGAGUGUGGAGCCAGGAACCUGUUACCUCAGCCCCCUUUCUGGCAACAUUUCCCAAGAGAACAACCAGAGAAACGCUGCUCAUUUGGAACAGGCUGUGCUACCUGCCUCUGGCCAAUGCCUCUGGGCUGUGCUACCUCUGCCUCUGGACCAAUGUAAUGAAGGUCACCAGGUAGUAAUCCAGUACAAAAUUAAAGGCUAGAGAGGGCUUGGACAUAACUGGACAAGAAGUGAAUAAUUCCUGAGGUGCAAAGUAUCUAUUCAAACUUCCCUUGGUGCAGCAGGAGAACACUAAGUGGCUUGUGAGGGUUUUCUUCCUCGUGUGUUCUUCUGGAGCCCCUCAGUUCUCCUGCAUUUUCCAUACACACAGCAUCUCUUCAAGUAAAGCAAUAUACCCUUUACUGAAGGGUUAACAGCAAGAAGGCAUCAACAAGUUUCUGAGAAAAAAGACUGAUGGACAUCUCUUCCAAGUGGGUGGAGCAAUCCAUGGUGAUGGUGGGAUGAUGCAGACUUCUCUGGCGGGAGAAUAUUAAGAAACUGUCACCACAGCAGUUUGCCUCUGCACUGCUGGGUCUGGUCAUCCUAGAACACCAUGUCUGUGCCUUUUGUCAAAUCUUGUCACCUGAAAUUGAAAGGCCACUAAAAGGUUGGACCGGGUGACCUUGUGAGGCUACAGCUGGCCCACAUGCCCCUGUGAGCAUGUUGAUUGCUGCCUGAUGUGGUGAAGGCAGCAGUGCAACCGCUGGUCUCCAGCAGCUGCUCCCUAUCAGAUAGCCAGCAUUCGUCAGUUUUACACUCCAAACUGAAAUACCCAGGUUCUUUCUUGCAUCGGGAUUACUACAGCUGUCUUGAAGCCUUGGGAUUUAAGAAACUCUUUUUAAAAAUAUGACUCUGCAUAAAAAUUACCCUUGAAGUGUGGUUUGUGGGCAGACAGGCCAUGAAAGAGACUUGCAUUUCACUAUAUGUGAAAGUAGAAAGAAAUAUUUCAUAGACUCGUGUAUGGAUAAAAAAGAAAAAGCCAAGGCCCCAGGAGCUUUGUGUGGAGCUUUGAGAUCCUUCACCAGGCCGUUAGGUGGCACUCCUUGCACGUAAGGAAUUCUCAUUUCAUCCUCUAACCUGUGCGGGGAGAGAACAGAGAGUGCCGGAUUGCAGGCUCUGUUUUGCCUACCCUGCACUCCAGGCUGAACGUGGACCAGCAGCAUCCCUGACUGGACCACAAACAAGCUAAAGGAGGAGGGAUGGUGGGGGGAAAUACCUGCAACUAGCUGAGAAACGAAAAGUAAAUUCACAGCUAACUAGAUUUUGUGAAUGAUUCUUUAACUUUGCUGAAAGAAGGACUGGGAAGAUGAGAGAGUAGCUCAUUUUUCCACUUCAGGGCUCAGGAGCAAGCCGAAAAGCAUCCUUUUGUGGCUUACACAUACCACACUGCUUGCAUCCAUUGCAGUGACAAAGCUAAUUUUCUGUCAUGGUUGGCAUCAACACAGCUCCACAAGAGAUGCAGGACAGAGCUUUAGGAAGUCAGAGGGGUUUAUAGAACACAGAACUCCUGUGCCUCGCCUAAGCCAGGGAGCCAGAGGGGUGUAACAGGCCCAGGGAAGGGUAGUGUACUACAGGAGUGAAAGCUUAAAUGGGAUGUGGCCAUGGCCUUAAUUCCUGUUUCCAUUUACUUCUGCCUGGCCAGGCUGCUUUAAGACUAGAUUAAAUUUCUAAGCAGGUGCAGCAGCUUGGCCUCAAUAGCUCACCCUGUCUCUGUUCCAUCCAUCACCUUUCAUUUACAUAAUUUCACCUGCUUUUUUGCCUUAGUAUGUCUUGGAUGUGACAUUUCCUAAACUGUAUAACAAAGAAUUUUUGAAGAGGCAAACCCCAACAAGUCAAGUAUUUGGCUUCACCAUUGCUUAAUUUAAAAGCAGAGAUUGCUUUAUUUUUCUUUAACUGAUGUCAAUCUCUGGAUCAUAGUUUUUGUGUUUGUUACAAGCACCUUCUCUUCAGAGAGCUGUCACUAGUGGCAUAAAAAGUCUGGGGCAAGACGUGGGCUAGAGCUCAGUGAAGGCCUGGUACAGGAUAUGAGCUAUAGGAAUAUGGCUUAGUUGGAGGUUUUAAUUCUUCUUGUGGCUUCAGUAGGCAAUUUACAAUGGCAGAAAUGGCCAUAGGGCCACUCUGCUCUUACCCUGCUCUCUCCCCACUGCUUUGCUGCCCUGCCUUUGUCUUCCCACCGACACUGGUCUCUUCCCUGGAGCAUCCCAGUAAUGAUCUGCUUUCUUCCCCAAAGGAUCCCCUCAGUGGGUGUGCUGCCACUCAUCCAUUAGCAGUUUUUGAUUCGCUGGAAAGGUGUUGUGUUUGGAGGCAGGCACAAAGCAGAAGUGUAAGUGACUCACUUGGAAGGUGGCCUCCUGCAGAUGCCAGUGCAGCCUCUGCAGGGUGGGACUGGGCCUGGCCACGGCACCAACAGCAAAAAAACCUCCCUGAUGUGUCACAGGACCACAGGGCUGGGCACAGGCUGCUCUGGGUACUGUGGCUCUGGAAGGACAUGGCACAAGUCUGGGCUCUUCUGGCAGAUGGCAAACAGAAACAUAUCCAAAGGGAAGAGUCAUCCUGAGGAUAAGCCAACACCCCAGGGUCUUCAGAGAGGAUGGCACCUGUACCAGGCGCCAGAAGUAUGGAUAGCUGCAAGUAAGGGACUCCUGUCUUAAAUCUGCUGUGCUCCCCAGGCCAUGCUGCUAGGAAUCCUUUGGGUUGUUCCUUUGAUUUACAUUUAGCAGUACCUACAUGGGAAAUUUAAUUUAAAGAAGAGAAAAAAAUUUCUUUCAGCAAGGGUGGCUGAACAUGGGAACAGGUUUUCUGCAGAGGUUAUGGAGGGUCCAUCCUUGAAGAUACUCAAAUCCCAACUGGCAUGGUCUUAAGCAGCCAGAUUUGGAUGACCUUGUUAAAGGGCAGGAGAGCUGGAUCAGACCACCUUCAGGAGCCCCUUCCCACAUAAACAGCCUUGUGUUUCCACCUAACAACCCCAGGAGCACUGCAGGUCAAACUGACAUUACACUAAAGGGAAUUAAGGUCCACCUGCUUGCCCUUGCCCUGCUAUAUCCCAGAGGUGCUCACACCAUCUCUGAUCAUCAGCUGAUUUCCAGCUGGGCAUUUCUUCCUCUCCCUGCAGUUUGGUGUGGGCGGCUCUCAUCACUGUCACCAUGCAGCCCGUGGGGAUGGGGGAUGAGUCUCUUGUCGCAUCAGGGACUGGGGGACUUCAGGCAGGAGCUGGGCAGGUGCCAUGACACAGGGACAAGCACAAGGAAGCUCUGCCCUGGCAAGCCUAAUUGCUGAAUCCUCUCCAGGUCACGCUGUGGGGGGGAGGAUUAUCAGCCCUGCAGACAGCACGAAUGAAAACUCAGACUUAAUUAACUUUGAAUGUACCUGGAAGAGAUUUAGAAUGCCAGCAAAGCAUCCCAUGAGAGGAAACAGGAGGUAUUUUGUGCACUGCAAAACCCUAAGUCUAUCCAAGCUAUCAGGCAGCAUUUUCCAGGCAAUAUGGCAGAGUUAAGACAACUCUUCAAGAGGUCUCACUGCUGACAUUUGGGCUUAGGCUUGGGCCAUGAAAUGCAAUGUUGCUGAAGCGGUCCCACAUCCCAAGUGGUAAGCAAUGCCAUGACUUUGGAGCUGUUUGCAAGGGGUUACGGACACAAGCAUUAAACACAAGCAUCCCCUGAAGGAAUGGGGAGCCCUCAGUUUGGAGGAGAACACUGAAAAGUUGUUGCCUUAAUGCCACCUUCCUUUUAACCCCUCUACAGGUCCCAGAAAUGUUGUCUUCUCCAAACCAAUUCUGCAGCAGUCCCACCCUAAACCAAUGCCUUGCAUGCUCAGCUGUGCACACGCUGAACCAUACAGAGGCUGCAGGCAGACCAUGCACACCCUGCAGCAGAUAUGGAUGCAAACACUGCCUUAACUUCUUCAGGAAGAGGAGAGGGAUGGGAGGCUUCUGCUGUUGGGCAAGCAUCCUCACCCAGCUAUGAAUUAUUACAGGAUGGGUUGAUCCCAGUCCUCAGCAUGUUUUCACAUGUGGAUAUGGGUGUGUGCUGAAGUGACACCAUUUUUAGGAGACUGACAAGUAGAUGUCCUGUCCAUGAAACCUGCAACAAUUUCCAGUUCUCCUUCUCUCUACCUCUCUUCAGCAGAAAGACUACCCAAGCCUGGUGUGAAGCUAUUGCUGGGUGGUUGUUGCAUGGUUAAGGGACUCUAAAUGCAGUGCCAGGUGAAGGGUAUGUCCCAUGAACUGCCAGAGUUCAGCUGUGUCAUGUAUACCCUCACCAUCUCUGCACAGGACAAGGAGCAAUUCGAGCUUAGUUGGCCUCCCAGGGACAGUAGCUUAGCACACAGAGCUUUUGUCAGGCAGCAGCACCAACCAGAGCCUGUGCUGCCGGCCAUGACUCGGUAGCCACUAUUCUCAAGGCAUUUUGUGCAGCCAGAGCUUGGGUAGCACCUGACCACCUGGAAAGGCAGCCACCAGGCUGUGAUCAGCUGUCAUCUCACAAAAAAAACCCACCCCAAAUGUUUUCCUCAGCCAAGCAUGUUACAAUUUACUCCAACCCCCAAUCAAGGGACACAGCAGGAGAGAAAGGCCUGCAGCUCAUUUGAGAGCAGGUGGGAGAUUUGACAGUGCUCGGGGAGCCCUGGAAGGAUGCAAAAGCACUGGGGUAGGAAGGGGCUGGAGAGGCCCCCAAGCACAUGUGGGAGCAGAAAUGGCAAGGGCAGGUAGGUUGGAAGCAGAGCAGUUGCUCUCCAGGCACUCUCACAUGAGGAAUCGAGCAAAUUUUCAAACCUACUGUAAGCACUGGAGGUGCAACUACCCCCAUCCCACUUUCCCCGCUCCUCCAUCCCUGCCCCAGUGGAUUUUUGUGUCACACAGCAUCCUCCCUCUGUAAGAGAGCAGUGUGUCUCUGUCACCUCUGGGACACAAAGAACGUGUUUUUCUGCUCUGGGACAAGGCCAUGUCCUGGCUGUGACACAGCAGGACCCCACCUGCUCUCUCCAGUCCCACGAGCCUGAGGCAUUUCUGCAUCCUGCUCCUGGUGUCCCAGUCACAGCCUGGCAACAGCUGGCUCCCCACUCCCCACCUGCCCUCUUGGAUUUGUGUAAGCCUUGGGUUUAUCGUGAAGUACGUGCUCUUCCUCCUCAUCUCAUUGCAUAAUGUUCCAUGGUUGCAGAGCUACAGCAGCUCUCAGCUAGAUACAGUCAUUUCCUAAUGUGCUAUUUUAAAUAAAGGGUUAAAAAAGCCCAAAAAACAAAUGAAACAGCUAAAAUGCUCCUAAAGUGCAGGUAGAAAAAUAAAAGUAGCCAAAGAAGUUUCAAAAUCGCUACCUACAGGAGCUCUUUCAGAUACAAGGAAUAUUUGGGAUUGAAGAGAGUUAACUUUGUAGUUUCUGCUUGUUCAUUAAAAUAUGACUGUGCAGAACAUGUGCCCAGCACCACAUUACUCACUGUUAUGUUGUGGCUGGGAAGGGGAAGUGAAGGGAAAAUAAAUAUGCCUAAUGUGACAGCUCAAACUUUGCUCUUUGCUAUCGAGAACACCAUCAACUGGACUCUAAUCUCAGAAAACAGAUUAUUACCCACGGCCCUCUGGCAAACACAGAGGUAAUGGUGUCCACAGUCACAUUUUCCCUCAGGAAAUAUUCUCUUUGACAUCCAAAGAUGCUCUCAAGUGCUCCUAUAAAAACAGUUCUGAAGUACCUUUUGACUGGUAACUCACUGUACAGCACUCACCAAAAUUUUACUUUUCAGAUCUAGGGGUGGUGGCAUUUAGUUCGUUUCUUUAGUGGAUGGUUGAUUCACUUCUAUCUUACUGCAUGAAAAAAAUUCUCAGGAUUCCAACAGCCAUUAAUCCAGCCCCAAAAUUCUAGUUUCCUUGUGUUCCUUAGAGCUGCCACCAUGUCUUGUGCUGUAAUGCAAUCUUUUUUAUUAGAUUUAUAACGCUUGCUUACAUGCAGUAACGUAAGCAAGACACAUUUACAACCAAAGCGAUUUGCCUUCAUAUAGUUUUGAGAGGUUUUUAUUCUUGGUUUUUUGGUUGACCCUUGCUUUUUUUAGGCAGCAAAAUACAACUCACAACCCAACAUGAUAUUCAGGCACUAGGCUUGUCAUUUGUGAGUAGGACUCAAAUCUCUACACUUUAGUUAUGAUGGCUUCAUCUUUUCAGUUUUAAAUAAAAUAAAACAGAACCACACCAGCCCUUGAAACAAACCCAGGAGAGGCACUGGUUCGACCCUGGCAAUCCACACUGACACAGACAGACAAGCCCACAAGGAGCACUGGAUAUUCAGAAUAUUCAGAGAUGAAAUUUUACUUCCCGUCUCCAACAGUAUUUUAAAGAAAUAAAGGGUUUCAGCUCAGACACUGCCCUGAAGCAUGUGCCUUUUAUCACAGCUUGCCUGCGUGUGAUCCUGGUAAGUUGUUAGCCCAUCUCUGUGUUUUACAUCCCUCCCACUCUGAUGUGAGGCAUACCCUGCAAACUUUCAGCCAUAUGGAAAGGACAGUACUGGGCUUAGAGGCUAAACGAGCCAGUCACCACUAACAGCAUUUAUUGCCAUGUUACAAAGGUAGUGACAACAAUUUCUCCAGAAGACCCCAUAAACUAUUACCAUUAGAAGUUUAAUCUCAAGCUGCAUAUUUAAUAAUGGGAAAGUCCAACAGCUUACUUUUGGAAUACAGGCAAGGAAACCUGCUCCUAGUUCAAGUAAAGUUAUGAACAUCUCAUCUUCAGAGAUAAAAAUAUGCUUGUUUGCAACACACAUGCAUGAAGAAAAGGAUGGAUGGGAUGAAUCACCUGUCUUUUCUGAGACAAACAUUUUUGCAUUCUUUUCCCCUAUACUUAAUGUUCCUCUCAAAGCAGACACCUAUAGUGUAUUUUUAAUUGGACUGUCCCAUAUUCCUCAUACCCACCCAACAUGUUCUAUCUAUCCAAGAUACAGUCUCUUGACAUCCUACCUUACCAUUUCUAUUCAACUCAUUACCUCCUCCCUCUCCUGCUAAAGACUUGAACCUAUCCCCAACGGGUUGGCAAGUUACAUCUCAUCUGUCCCUUCCACUUUUAGAGCCAACUCAUUUGGGAGCUAUGAGUUUGGGGUUCUUUUUUCAUAUUUCAGGAAAGGGAUAAAUAUUCUGUAUAUUCACUCAACUUCAAAGCCAUCAGGAAAAGCCUGAUGAAACUCAGUAAGCGGCAGUAAAAGUCAACAGAGCAAAUUCUCUGGAACUGGUUUUGUCUGGUAGGAGAGAGGACCUUGAAACCUGCUUCUGUCAGCUGCUAUCCACCCCUAACAGACAGGGUCAAGCAAAUCUGAUGCAGCAGAUGUUCCGGAGUGAACACAGCUCCUGUACAAACAGACUUCAGUACGUGCGCAGUAAUUACUUACAUUCAAGCUUUACAUUCAUGUGAAAAAAGAAAAAAAAAAAAAAGUUGCCAAUGGGAGACCCAGAGAUCCAUACCUUGACCCCCAUCCCCUCUAAACAGCAGGUGAGAUCCAAAUCCAGCUAAGACCCAUGAAUUUCUUCAAAGUCUUUGCUGCUCAGUACUCAUAAAUUCCUACUAAGUAUUUGCAAGAACAUGCUGCUAUCUGCAUGCCUGCAGGCAAGGUGCAAAUGCGAGACUCCUGGAGUUUUGUGACUUUGAGUUUGCUCUCAUCACUUGGCAUUCUCCCCUCUUCUUCAAAGCAUUCAGCAUGCACAGAAAUGGCACUUUUCAGUCUGGCUGUACUUACCAGUAUGAUGGAGAUGUGAUUUUUCCACUCCUGACCUUGAAGUGGUCAGCAAAGCCAGAUGUUUUACAUAUGACACAGGCUGUCAGCUCUCAAAUCUGCAAAUGUCUUUCCUGAGAAACACCCAAGAGAAACUCUUUGUUUUCCCUGGUGCAUUGUUUAAAUUUACUAUGCAAAACAAUCCCCCUGCAUAUUGGUGCUCAACCAUGUGAUAAUUUAAAAAACAAAACAAAACCCAAACCAGGUCUACACAGGAUGGUUGCAAGAAAGGCUUCUUCCUUGUUCAAUGUAAAACUAGGAUGGGGAAGAGGAACUUUCAAGAGAACUUGUAAGAAGUUAACAGCAUUGAACAUGGAAAAAUCUUCAAAGUAUUUUGCCAUCAGCUCAGUGCUGCUACACUUGUGUUUCAACCUAACAAAAUGCCAAGAACCAUCACCUUAGAGCAGAAACGUGCACAACUGGCACCCAAGUGCCAGGAAAGGUGCACUAAUGCUGGAGACUCAUCUGAAGAUGCAGGUAACUCUUUCUGAACUAGCUGAAGACAGACAAGCACAUGCAGAGGGCUUCACAAAAGCUAGAGUAAUGUCAGAAGCACAGCCAGACAGCUGUUUCCUUGAUAACCACAGAGCCAAUACAAAGCUCGUCAAAAGAGGAGGAAGAGUGUGUGCUGUCUCUUACAGUUUUGCACCUGCAGCCUCUCCAUUCUUCUGUCCUCUCUCAAGGGACCAUCAUUCAUUGGGAGCCAUGUAAAACUGAGGACAUCCCAUUAAACCUUACAAAUCCUGUUUGAAUGUGAUUCAUUCUGUACCUCACACCAGUCAAAAGUGGUGAAAAAGCUAGAGCUGAAUCUACAUCAUGAUCACUCUUCAGAAAGCCUAAAAAGGGUUCUGUUUUUGAGGGAGGAAAUCAUCAGGAAAAUAGUGACCAGACCCAGGUAACUGUAGGCAGUCCAAAGAAAAAAAAUCCAAAACCCAAAUCAAGCCAAAACACACUGAAAAAAAACCCAAAACAAACCCACCAAAAACACGACAACAAAAAAACCCAAAUGCAAACCAAAAUCCCAACCAAACACCCACAACAGAACAACCAAAAUUCCACACACCGUCUUUAUCAGGAGACAUUCAUAACUUAGUUGCUACAGAGUAGUUUUAAAAGUUAGAAAGAUUACAAAUAACCACAUAGUUUUCAAGAACCUUUAUACAUCAUCUUUUUUAAUUAGAUUAGCUUUACAAGCAACUUGAGGAGAUGUUUCAUAAUGAACACUGCUUUUGAAAUUACACAACUUUAUAGGCAACCUGUAAAUGAAUCCUGAAUUUCUUUGCCUGCUAUAGAUAAAGGUCUCAUAUUUCACAGCCAGCUAACAUCAUGAAUAAAAAUAGCAUUAUGAAGCUUUAUUUUUAACCAGGACUAGACACAUACAGAUCAUAAGACAGUUUAAAAAAUAGUUUUAAAACAAGGACCUGCUUGGUGAUGCUCAAGACUGAAUAUUCAACCGACAUGAAAUGAACAGUUUCUAAAGGACAUGGAAGAAAUGGCUGACCUGAUUUGUUGACCCUGUUGUAAUGACUUACAUGGAGUGAAAAAUUAAGCACUUUUUAAACCUGUCUGGCAAGCACAAACCUACAGUGUGAUUAGAAUUUGAUACGCUGUUUAACUGCAGCGGUUUGAAUUACAGAGGGACUGAAAUGAGUUUAAAGGCUUAUGCUUACGUUUCUAAAACAAAACCAAAGUUCUGUUAAAGAAGUACUAAUGAAGAUGAAGUAGAAGAGGUGACUUUUUUGCUUGUUUCACUGGUAGCCUAAAAGCACUGCAGACCAGACAGUGAUGAAGAUUUGCACUCCUUGGCCAGGUUGGCAGAGGCACUUACAGUAAAGGUAUCCUGUCUGUUUCUCUGGGAAGAAAAGAGGAAAGAGGAAGAGAACUGUACAGGGCAAGAACUUACUAAAAAAAGGAAAAGUGAAAUCAAAACAAAGCUGGGAUUUCUGUUGGUUCUCCUAAAUGAUAUACCAAUAGUGAAUUUUUCUCCCCUUCUGUCAGUUUGUUACUAAACAAUUAGCUUUUUCAUGUUUUACAUGAACAAUAGUAAUGUUUUUAAUAAAAAAUUACUGAGCUUUCCAUAGAAAGGGUCUUUAAUUGAAUACAAACUAUACAGAUGCUAAAAUUGUCACAAGUUGUAAUAUAUACAGAAAUAUUUCUGUACACUCACAUUGUUUUGGCUAAGUAAGGAAAUAAGGGACAGAUAGAAAACUGCAGUGGGUAAGGUGAACAACCCCCAAACUCCUGUAAAUAUGAAUGCUGUCUUUGAUAAGUUUGCUUUUGUUUUCUCAAGCUUUUAAAGCUCAGG